CCGGCGACAACCUAGAGGAACAGCCAAGGUUUCCUCUGGGGUAAUAUAGUGUUAUCGUAUAUUCUUAUGUUUUUUCCUCGAUGUAAGUAUUUAGACGGUCUUAGUGAUGUAGUUCUGCUUUGAGGAAACAGUAUUUGCACCAGGGACGUUCAAUGCAGUGAACUGUUUAUCAUUGAGUGUCAUGAGGCUAAAUCUGUAAACGUACCCCCAUCGUCCUUCAGUUUCCGGGGAAGACAAUGGAUUUGUCUAGAAGAGAGAUGAAGAAAUACAUACCACGAGAUAGAAUUUUUAUGUAAAGCUUUAUCAAGCAUCUUGUCUUCCUCUUAACAACCAAGACCAUGUUGUCCAUAAAGAAAUUCCCCAGUGCACGUCUGUCCCAGUGGUUUCACUGUAUGUACCCAUGUUUGGCAAAGAAGCAGUGCUGAGCAGUUUCCAUGAAGUUUCCUGAGCAUAAACUGUUCAUGGAAACUGUGCGGCUGCCGUCGCCAGUUCAGAAGUGGUUUGGUCACCAGUUGGAGAUUCGUGGCAUCGACUCCAUCAUUUAUUCCAGACACAUAAUUCACCUUCUUCAGCAGGAUGAUGAUGAGUUUCAAGACUAUGUUGACCUUGACCUCCUUUUCGACCCCAAAGCUGACAAAAAACAUCAAUGUAAGCCUGCCAGAUAUGAAAAGAAAAAAUUGAAGAAUUCUGAGGAGAGGAAAAAGUCGGCAGCAAUUGAAUGUCUGCAAGCUGUUUCAGAUGAGGACAAUGGUAUAGAGAAUCUUGUAGAGGAAUUAUGUCACAAAUUGAAGGCUCUGGAACAACAUGAUGGGGGUGAUGGUACAAACAGCCAAGAACAGACCACUAGUUCAUCAGAGAGCGAUUCCAGCAGCUCAGAACUUGAAGACCCAGCUGAAAGAUAUUAUGCAGCCUUCCCUGCCUUACAUGGAAAAGAUCAACUCACCACACCCACAGACUCCCAAAGUGUAUGGAAGAACAACCCAAUUACCAAGCCAAAACCCAGCCAAACAGAUGAAGGAAUAAUUCAGAAGGACCUAGCUCCAGAAAACCAACAAAGAGAGCAGAUAUCAACCCAAACCCAGUCCAGGAAAAAGAAAAAACAAACUGUCAGGAAACUGCACAUGAGAAAAACACCAUCCAAAAAGGAAGAUACUAAUCAUGGAGUCUGUCGCUUCCUUAGCUUGCCAAAUGGAAGUCUUAAUAUUGAAAAGACUGAUGCCCAGGCCCAUUCUUUACAGGACAAGGAGCUUUGCUCUCAAGUUGAGUGUAUGCUGAAGGAAAUCUUACUACAGAAGGAAGAACAGGCUUUGAAAACUCCAGCUUUUUGUAACCAAAAGAUGCCUUGUCCUGAAGAGAAAAUAAGAAAGCCAACAAAUGCAGAAGGAGCAGAAAUUGCUGCAGGAAAUAGUCCAAGAGACACAGAUGGGUCAGUAAGUCCAGAGCUGCAGGAGGAUGACUCUUGGUACACUCAACCAAUAGACAUCUUGUUCACAACUGAGGAACCGCGUCAGCGUCUGUACAAACGAAACAACAGUAGUUCUGCCUCACCUCUCCAACAGAAGUCUGGUAGUAAUAGUCCAGUUAGUCCAGAUGGUGGUCUCAUGCAGCAGUCUUUUGUGGAUGACAAUUUCUUUUUUCCAUACUCCACUUCAAACUCCAGUGAAACUGGUUUUUCCAACACAUUUUCUGCUGAACUGUCACAUUCUAUGUUUAACCAAUCUGAGCCUGAAGCAAUACCAAACCCAGACACAGUUUUGAAUCCAGAUGAGUGUGGGUUUCCUGUCUUCUCUCCAUAUGAUAAUCUUCCUCAAACAACACCUACAAGUGAGAAAGAGGAAAGCUUAAUUGAUAGGUGCUUGACAGACAGUUGCAUGGAAAAUAAUAUGCCCAACAGUGUAAGUUUAACAACUAUCAGUGACCUGGAGGAUUUAAACAAAGGAAUUGAAGAUUUGGAACUAGAUGAGAGUUUGGCAUCAUCAGAAAAUUUACUGGAGCAUCAAGACAUUGAACAAAUUAUAAAUACUGCAAACCAUCAAGAUGUGAACUGCUGGAAUAACAACUUGCAAAGUUUUGACAGUUUCCUUCCUUCAACUGUAGCAUCAACUUGGCCAUCAAAAGUUCUGGUGGAUGAUUUGAUGCCAGAUGUUUGCUGGGAUGAAAGAAAUGAAGAUUACACCGCAGAUUUUUACAAUCAUUUAAAGUAUGGGAAGAUCUGGCAAGUAUGGGAUGUGAAUUAUCAAAAGAUUACUGGUACCUAUUCUGGUCCUUUGAAGAAUCCACUACACACUUGCUGGAGUGACUGUGGAUUGUUUGGUAUGUCUUCUUGCUGGGAUUACCCUGGUGAACAGUCUGACAUUUGGGGAAGCUAUGGUUUAUUUCCAAAUUCUAGUACCUGGGGAGAUUAUGGGAAACUGAAAGAUUCCUAUGGAAAAGAUUUGAUAAAAGAGGACUUAAGCUUAGUGGAGACAUCAGAAGAUGUGGAUCUGCUUGAAGACCCUUGUAAUCCAAUAGUAAUGGUUGAUGUGGAUCAAGAUUCUGUGGUUUGUCAGCUAGAGAACCAGAAUAGUGAAUUGAUCCCCCAAAUUCAGUUUGAUCUUGUCUCUGAGGUUGGUAGUGAGUACGACAAUGUUCUGUCAGAUGGAGAAAAUGAUCAACUCAGUAACAGUGAAGAUGAUCAAAGUUUUUCUAGAAAUCUCUCUUAUGGUGAUUUCCAGACAAUGUGGUCCAUGGCUGAGCAUUCAACACCAAAGAAAUUUUACCUGUCACGAAGCUUUGAACUGGUGCCCUCGGAGGGAUCGGCAUUUGUUGAUGUUGUUCCAAAGAAGAUUCACCAUGUGCAAAGUGAGCCCAUCCUAGUAAGCCAAGAGAUGGAGUCAUUGACCACAAGUUCAACUAGCAAAAAACGAAGUUGUAAGUCAGAUUCCAGUUCACCUGAAGAACAUCUGUACUUUUCUCAGAAGACUCACUUUCAACCCAUUCAGUCCCCAGUUGUUCAGAAUACUGGAUCUACUUACAAUUUGAGGGACUUGUUUGGUGGUUAUGCUCCUUCGAAGACACCAUACCAGAAAUUCCAGACAGCUACAGACGAUGAAGGUGAUGAUGAUGAAGAAACUUUUGUUCCAAUGUUCAAGAUUCGAAAGGAUCAGGAUAAGUACAUACAGACAGGUGCAAGUUUGGAUAGUGAUGAUGAGAAAGAGCCAAAAGAGGGAAGUGAAGAAAAAAUUGGUCUGUUUGAAAAUGAAGGAGAGGUCUUUGAUCUAUUUGGAUAUGUUGAAAAUUUGACUGAAUCCUCAGAAUCAACACCGAGAAAUCUUUUGGAUUGUGUCAACAACUGUGUAGAUUCAGGGUAUGAGGAUUUAGAUCAGCAUGCUCAAGAGAGAGAAGAAGCAGAGAGGGUUGGUUUUUAUAGAGGUCCUACAGUGAAUAAGAAGGUGGAUCCAUGGUCUAUGGAAUAUGGAUUUUAUCCAAAGCAGAACAUGUGCUCAUGUGGGGAGUUGGCUAAUGAGGAAAAUUGGUUGUCAAAUGUGUGCAGGGAUUUAAGCACAGGAAACUCGCUGCUUGAUUAUUCAAAACAGAAUGUAUGUUCUUGUGGCAAAAGGCUGGUGGUCAGAGAUGGGAAGACAAACACCCGCAGGGAUGCUACUGUCUCCAAACCACCUGUCCAUCAAUGGGUCAUUCAGGAGGCCUGGGGACUGGAUCCUGGGAGUGAAGGUCAACAAGAGGCAGCCUUAAGUCACAGUAUUUGGAGCAGUGGGCAUGAAGACGGAGCAUUUUCUGAAAUGUUCUACUACCCAGGACAUGAGGAAGAAUCUGCUACAGAACAGUACAAGCUGGAUGACAAUUCUGCUUCCAAGCUGGAUGACCAUUCUGAAGAAAAUGAAAACAGUGUCUUUGAUUUUAACCAGGAUAUGGUCCAUGAGGAGAAGGAAAGCAAGUACAAAAUUGGCAAUAUGAAGAAAACUGACCAGUCUAAUUCAUACAUAGCAGAUUCUGAUCCAUACGGCCAAUCGUUUAUGGAGAUGACCUCUUACUUUGGAGAUGGUAUUUCAGAUGCUAGCAAGGCCAGACCUGAUCAACAAUGUGCUGGUCAACUAGAUAAAGAGAAUCAUCCACCAGAGAAUGACUCUGACAUUGUCAAAGUCAAACUGGUCAUCAAAAAGGGAAAGAAGAAACAGGACUUUGAGAAUUUGGACACUCAUCCACCUCUGUUUAUGCCCAUGCCUGUGGCUGCUGUGUACUCGUGUGAGUUGGAGCAUGCCUGGAUGAAUAACAUGGAGGUGGAAUGUCUCUUCCCACAGUCCUUAAAUGUGAAAGGAAAGAAAAAGCCCUGUACCUUUUUCUUGGAAGGAAACUGUCGACGUACAGACUGCAAAUUUGCUCAUGAUCUGUCCCACAUUACCUGUCGCUUUUGGGAGGAAGGAGACUGUUUUAAGGGAGAGUUAUGUCCCUUCCUUCAUGGAUACAGUCCAUAUGCAAGGAAAUCAAAACAACAUGCAUCUGAAAGGAGAGAUUUGAAGCCAUUCAAGUAUCAAGCAGAAGAUUUCCCCAACUUGACAAAAACUGAAUCUAAGGGAGACAGAUGUAAAAAAGACAAGUACAACAAACUGAAUAAAUACAAAGCCUCUAAGACUCAGCUGAGGACACAGAUAAAUAAAAAACUACAAAAGAAUAAUGUUGUACAAGAGGAGGCAGAAAACCUUCCCAAGAAACUGAAACAAAAGGGCUCGCAGUAAAAUAUUCCAGAGAGGUGAAAUAAGGGGGCCCUCAUAUUAGAGGAGCACCUGGAGGAUGUGAAAAGUUGACCCAGUUUAAUGGAAGUGUCCCCCUAGUGGGUACUCCCAUUAAAGUGCGGGCUUGUGUAGAAUCUAGUCAGGAGUAUUAAAUUUGUAGAUGGAGACUAGGCAUCUUUUGUUUCAUUUCGAAAUGAAAAUAAUUUGUGUUAGUAUUCUGCACAUCUUUAUUAUGAGUUACCUAGUGUCAUGGUUUAUCAUAAAAAUUAUUUCAUUUUUUCCCUCUCUCUCUCAGAGGUUUAGACAUGGGUGUGUAAAUUUUUUAAAAUUUGUUUUGCAAUACUAAUAAGUAAAACUGACAGUUUUUCAUAACAAAUAUCUCAUUCAUGGCCUCCUAAGAGUCUGUUUUGCGAAUACCACUAUAUACAAGGGAAUUUGAUGUAUAAAUUACCUGUUUUGAAAUUCUAAGGACUAUAAAAAUUGAAUGACACAAUGAAGGUUUUGAUAAAAUAAAUUAGAAUAUAGUUUUGAUAAUUAUACAUUAUUUAAGAGGAUUUUUCAAAUUUGGUAUUCAUUAAUGCAUCAGUCCUCUGAUAUUUUCAAUAAUUUUAGAUGUGAUCGUAAUUUUUAUUAUUAUUAUUUUUUUAAAAGUUCUGGGAAAUUCAAGAUUUAGAAUAUAAAAAAAUGUCUACACGUUGAAUCCUCUAAAAUCCAGUAAAGUUCAUGUAUUUGCCAAGAUUAAUAUGUAGAAAUGUGUUGUAUUUGAUAAGCUAAUGUCAUGUUCUAUAAUUAUUAUAUAAGGAAGAUAAUUUGGUAGACAAACAUGGUAUGAAAAAUACAGUUCUUUAUAUAUACAUUGUAUAUAGAAAUCCCUGUCACAUUUGUUUUUAAUGGGAUGAGAACAAAGAAAAUGGCCCAUGUGUGAAAGGUUGCUGAUAUAAAAUAAAACUUUUUAAAAAAAAUUGUGUAGGGAAGUGAAGAAAGAAAACUCAAAAUUAAGCAAUUGUGUGAAUGUUUAAUAAAAGAGGAUGUGAUUCGGUAAAAAUUUGUUUAAAAGUCAGCAGCAGAAUGCAUGUGUAAUGAUGUAUGAAUGUGUGAGGAUGAAAAUUGAUUUGCCUGAAAUGGCCACAAGAUCCUGAAAGAUGCGUGAGUGAUGAUAGGUUUGAUUAAAAAGAUUUAAAUACAUGUAAAACAAAUAUCAAUGCAUAUGUUAAUACUAUAUACAAUGUAAUUGAAUUUGCAUAAGAUUUUUAUAUGAAAUUGAAAAACAAAAACCUCAGCCAAAGAAAAUCCCUCUCUCCUUCAAACUGAGGAAGAAUAUAAGGAUAUGAAGGGUGUUCUGUUUCUUCAGAUUUACAAUUUGAUUGAUGAAAUUAUUUUGUACUUCUCUAGAAAUUAGCCAUCGUCAAAGCAACAGUAAACAAAAACUAUGUCCGGUUGGUGUGUAAAUGAUAAAAUCAAUUUUUUAUGUCCAGAGAUAUGAGUAAUAAAUGAAUGAUUGCUUGACAAGUGGAAGUGAAAAGUGUUGGGAGGAGAAAGGGCCUUAAGUCUACCAUCAUUGUAUUUACAGACUUGUGAAAUAGAAAAUGAUACAGCAGAAAGGCUGUACACACAUGAAAUGAUAAAACGUGUAUGAUACAUAACGUAUCAAAUUUAUGUAGAAGAGUCGAUCACAAGUUUAUUUUUUUUUUUUUCAGUAAUAAUCUGUACAGAUUGUUUACAUGCCAUUUAGAGGGAAGUAAUUGAUGAUUGAUUGCCUAUUGUAUAAAUGUUUGAUAUUUGUGAGGCAAUUAAGCUGAUCUUGAGCUCGAAUUUGUCCAGCGUUCAGCAAAAAUGGAACUAUACUCACUAAAAGCUAAACACAAAAGCAAUUCCUACCAGCAAAUGCACAUUAUUUUUGGGUGUUUGUUUGAGUUGGCUAGAGAACUUUAAGUAUAGCAAGUACAUUGUACAUUAUCAGUAAUGUUGGACAGACAAAUUAAAGUAAUGUAGAUGCUUUUUGAUGCAGUCGACUUGCCAAACUUAUAAUUUUAAUCAGCAAGUAUGUCUUGAUUAUGAAAUUCAUGAGAAAUAAGGAAAAACUAAAUGGUGAAUAUUUUGUAUGCAUAUAUAUUGUAAUCAGAAUACUUUGAAAUUUUGGAAGUCAAAUGUUGCAAAUAACUCAUAAAGAUGUUCAUAAAUCAUUUAAGAUAAAAGAUAAAACAUGGAAGAAAAUGAAUUUUAAACUACAGGGGUAUACGUAAGUCUUUUCUUAGUUUGGUAUCUUGUUAUUUUCGACACCCAUUAGAUCCCAAGCUUGAGUGUGAAAUCUAUAGAUAAGUGAUUUAAAAAUAUUUUGUAAGAAGGGUAUUAAGUGAUUUAAAAAUAUUUUGUAAGAAGGGUAUUUUUUUUUUUUAACUUUACAGAUUGAUCAACCAGAUUUAUAUGGCAGUAGAUGUUUCUUGGUUAUUGUGCUGGGUAUUAGAAAAUAUAUUAAGGACCCUCUAUAUAUUAUUUAAUGGAUUUUUUUUUUUAAAGACAUUUAGAAAAUUAUUUGUUAUAAAGGUGUAAAAAUUGAGUGUAUUUCAUUUUCAACAUGGAUACCUGCCAUUGAUCCCCAAGAAAAAUGUUCAAAGACGAGAAAAUUUUGAUAAACAGAAAUCACUUAAAUGAGGAAAAUCAUGCAAAUGUGCUUAAUUAAGUCAUUUUGGCCCACUAAAAUGUUAAGAAUGCUUGAAUUGAUAAGAAAUUGAGUUAUCCACAAUUUUUUUUUUUUUUUUUUUAUCUAAAGGCAGAUCACUCUAGCUGUACCACAGAAUUGGAACUCUAUAGUUUGCAGUGUUCAAAGGGUUCUUGACACAGUGAAAUAAAAAAAAUCUUGGUUCGUUGCGCAUGAUUAGGUGAGGGAAUGUUUUUAGGUAUCUGUCCACAGAUUUGUUCUGGUGUAACAUUUACACAUUUUCAGUAUGCCAUAUACCCAACAGAAUGAAAUGCUUAUAUUUCUUGUCAUUUAUUUAUGGGGAAUAUAGUCUCAGAUUACCAGACUAAGUUAAUCUGUAAAAUCAGUUAUAAUUUACAGUGAUGAACAAUUGAUACUAAUAUGUAUUCUGAUUUGCUUAGUCUAUGCAUAUGUUGUGUAGAUAAUCACAAUACUGCAUCAUUGAAGGUUCCACUUUUAUUCAUGUUAAAAAAAUAUUCAUAUUUAUGUUUUUAGUGUGUCUGGCUACCUUAUGAGAUGCAUGUCAUAAACCCUUAUUUUCAGUUUUCAUCAAAGAACAUUUUGAUUUAUGUCAUCUGGGAUAUUAUACUCCAUUGACAUGUUCAUGUAAUAUCAUUUUGCAUAUGUGAGAUUUUCUCAGUUUGCAAAGCAAAAAUUGUUUUUAAAAAAAAUUUAAAGAAAAUUCAUUUCAUUAUUUAUUACAAUUCAUAUUCAAAAUCUACCAUUUUCCCUUCAUUUCUUUUGCAAUAAUUGCAUUUUCAGUCAAGAAUUUAACAAUUCUUGACUGUCCAUGUCAAUUAUCUCCCUUUCUUUCAUUCCAUCUUUUUAGAAAAAUAAAACUAUUUAUUUUAAUGAGUACAUGUAUA